AUGGAAGAAUCAUUGGGGUUGUCCAGUCGACAAACUGUACGUUUAAUGCCACCGUUGAACAUGUUACUUGGCGAUUCCGGUAAUCCAGUUAGUCUUGAUGAACUUAUUGCCAAAUUAACCGCUGUAUGCCGGACAAAUAGCAAGUUUUUGCAGUGUAUUCGGGAAUGUCCUGACCAAUCUGCAUCUGAAAUUUUAAUUAAGGGUCAAACUGCAUGGAUUACGAUAUGUAAAACAUUUAAUUUAUAUAGCGAUCCAUUUAAAACGUCAGUGUUGAUCUGUUGGGCACGGUAUGGUAAUAAGAUGAGUAUGAGCUGUACAGCGGAAGAAGCUGAAUUAGAAUCGGCAUUUCUACGGAUGGCAGCUAAUGGACGGAAUAACGUACAGAAUUAUACAGCACUUUUAUGCAGGAGUGUUGUUCAGCAUGACCUCUGUUAUGUUAAUCAAGUUAGGCAACACUGUGAUCGGACAGCGUUACGUUUCUUUCUCCAGCUUAGUGAACGAAGUUUUGCGUAUGUAUCGUUGUUCGUCAUUGUUGUAGACCCCGCAACCAACGAUUCUCUUGAAAUUUCUGUUAUUUUAGACAUCUAA